CUGUAGGUCGAAGUGACGUCAACAAAAAAGGCUCUCAAGUAAAGGAGUCUACAGACAGCAGCACAACUCUUGAAGAUGAUGAAGGCAGAGAGGAUAAAAAAGGCGGGGUCGACAGAAGCAGCACGGUAAUUGCCAAAGAUCCUGAAGCUUACGCAUCGCAAGGAACCCCGCCAAGUAGUCCGGCCGCAACGGCGUCGGUCUUCUCGAGGGUUGUAGGAGCUGCUCAAGCGCAAAAGCAGCCCCCGGGUAGCCCUCUCGGCAUCGCCGCUGUUCUCCUCCAGGGUGCCCAAGCUCGAAGACAGGAAAUCAUAAAAAUGACGGAGCAACUUAUCGAGAGUAUCAAUACCGGUGAUUUCGAAGCAUACACAAAAAUCUGUGAUCCUCAUCUGACUGCAUUCGAACCUGAAGCUUUGGGUAAUCUAGUAGAAGGAAUGGAAUUCCACAAAUUCUACUUCGACAACUUACUCGCCAAAAAUUGCAAGGCCGUUAAUACAACGAUCCUGAAUCCCCACGUGCACCUGCUGGGCGAGGAUGCGGCUUGCAUCGCCUAUGUCAGACUCACCCAAUACAUGGACAAGCAAGGCGUGGCUCACACUCACCAGAGCGAGGAAAGCCGAGUUUGGCAUAAAAAGGACAACAAAUGGCAGAACGUGCAUUUCCACCGGAGUGCCAUUACAAGUCCAUCUCCGUUUACGUUCAACAAGUAAAGCCCAAAGAAACUAGUCGAUAUUUUUGUGACUGAUGCGAUUGGUAGAAGCAAUUGUUUGCGAACCACGCUUUUCGAUGUUCCAACUGCUAAAAACGGCAACCGAGUCAAAGAAUAUGGCAAAAAUAGGUAGAUAGUGUGUGUGUGUGUGUGUGUGUGUGUGUGUGUGUGUGCGUGCAUACGUGUCUGUGUCCGUGUGAAAGUAAAAAAGAAUACGAAUCCACGAAUUGUACUGAUCAUUGAAAAAGAAAAAAAAUUAAUAAAUUAAAUCAAAUACGUAACGAUAUAAUGAAAAUCUGAGCCAUUACUGUUUAUAACGUAUAUUAAUGAUAAAAUACUCGAUAAACUGUGUACCCGUCUCGUACGUGUGCAUGUAGAUACAAAAACAUAGCCAAUCGUAGGAACCCAUUAAUCUCUCUAAGAGAAUAAAUUAAUUACGCUUGUGAAAAAAAAAAAAUUGAAAAAAAAAAAAACAGUACUUAUCACAUUUGGAGUCGCUCAAACUAAAAGUCGCUUGUCAUCGUCUUACUUGAGAUAGUUCUACUUCAAAUUCAGAUUUCGACAAAAAAUUUCCAAUUUGAAUAAAUAUUAAUACUAUGUAUGGGUGAACAAACAUGCCAAAAUUAUCCAAUUGUAAGACACACGAUUAAACUUUCUAAGCGUGGCUGUUCUACACAAGAACCUAAUAAUUUUUCGCACUACAAGUAACACGUAUAAACAAUAUUACAGCGUUCCUAGUAGGUCGAAAUUUGAUUGUAAUUUUUAAUUUUAUUUUUUUAUAAAAUUAUUGUGAACAAUGACGAUUCUAGAUCGAACGAAUGUAUUGUAGAACUAUCUUAAUUAGAUUGCAUGAACUUCAGGGCGAUAUUCACUUGAAAAAACUAAGCUCAGUUGAAGCCUUAUAAUCGACCAAGGUGUCGGUAUGAUUGUGCAUUCAGAAUAAACGUAAUGAAGGAAAAAGCAUAGUGAAAAUUGAUAUUCCGUGUCUGAUCCUAUAGCUGAUAACAAGACUGCUAAAAAGUAAAAAGUAAAAAAAUUAUUUAAAAAACCUGAAUUACACGUUUACACACAUAUAUACACACCUAAAUGCGCACACGCACGCACAUACACACACGCGCGCGCGCGCGUACAUGGUUUUCCGAUUUUCGACAUCGAUACAGCAAAUGGAAAAACUGAAAUACUUACGAUGAAUUAUAAAUAUAAAAAUACGUGUGUAUAAAACUGCCACGAUCAAAGAACGUGGUGCAUUUAUUUAGAUCAUUGAUCCCCUAAAUUCUCAUAGUGGCUAAAAACGAAUGAUGAUAAUAGUAACGACGGUUAGCAACAAUUGUUGUUACCGCAAUUUUUCCCGUACAACAAAAUUAAGUCUGAUAAUGUUGGGACGGGUAGGAGAAAAAUGUCAGAAAACCUUAAAUACACUGCAAUAAAAGAUGAAUGGAUGAUUCAAUAAGAACAUAAAAAAUAAAGAUUCGAGAAAUAAAACAAAGAUUUAGAUCGGACCAAUCGCCAGCGUUCCUCACUUCAAUUGUUCCACGUUUAUAAGUACACAAUAUUACAAUGGUCACUUUUAAGGUAUUCAACAUUGCUCGCAACUUAAGGACUUAAUGCUUUUUGACUUGAUGCCCGAAAUUUUGGAAAUCACAAUUUUAUUACAUUUAUCCGUGUAAUGUGCAUAAUAUGUGCACGUCCAUGAGCGUCAUACAUGUGAAUGUGUACUUUACCUUUGUGGGCAAGUGUAAGUUUGUCUCCUUGCGCGUAUAAUAUAUAAUCUCAACAGAGAAUUCAAGUUUCAAAAGCUUUUGCGUUGAUAAAAUUUUCUUCUGUAAUACAAUUGUUAAAAAAUUUAAAAAUUACGUAUCUCAGCAUCUUAUUAAAAUUCGUAUUCAAGAAAAAUACAACUACCAUACAUAUUGAAAAAAAAAAUCCUCGUAAUCAUUCAAGUAAUAAAAAAUAAAUGCUGUGUUCAAUUCAACUAAUACAAUCUGUAACUGGCAAGCUGGGCAAUCGUCCGAAUCUCAAAAGUUACGUUUUUUCAUCAUACAAUUAAAAAAUCGAUAUAAAAGUACUUUCAACUAUAACUAACAACUAUUUGAAUGAGUUGUAAAAGUUGAAUACGAAUAAUUUAUAUAUGAUAAAAGGGUAAAAAAAUACGUGAAGAACGAAAAGAAAAAAAAUACAAAAAAAAAUACGAAAAAAUCUUACUAGAACCUGGCGCAGCUAAUAGCGUUGCUUAGACUGAAACUACAAUUUUUUAAAUUAAAAAUUAUCGAAUCUUCCAUGCUUUCUCAUUUUAUAGACUAUAAAUCAUUCACUCUUCUCAAUUGAGAAAAACUUUUAAAUGUAUCUUUGCACUGGCGUCUCUUGUACACGUACUGAUCUGGUUUUAUUGCUAUGAAUAAUGACGAUAAAAA